UGUGCGGUUUUCUCGAGUCCCCACCGAGGCUGGCUCCGUUCCUCCUCGAGCUGUGGGGGACUUGGGCCUCCCGACAGCUCGGCCUGUACGGGGCCGGCCGGGAGCCCAGGGCCCCGCUGCAACCUCACGCCGCUCUCCAGGGUCAUGGCUUUCUGCCGCCUUCCUGCGUGGUCCUCGCAGACGGUCCGGUGGUUCCCUAAGGCAGCCGUUUCUUGCUGGCCCUGGGAGUCUGCUAUGGCGUUCCCUCACCUACAACAGCCUAGUUUCCUUCUGGCUAGCCUGAAAGCUGACUCUAUAAAUAAGCCCUUUGCACAACGUUGCCAAGAUUUGGUGAAAGUCAUUGAGGAUUUUCCAGCCAAGGAAUUGCAUGCCGUCUUCCCAUGGCUGGUGGAAAGCAUCUUUGGCAGUCUGGAUGGUGUCCUUGUUGGUUGGAAUCUCCGAUGCCUACAGGGACGUGUGAACCCUGUGGAGUACAGCACAGCGAUGGAGUUUCUAGACCCAAGUGGUCCAAUGAUGAAGUUGGUUUAUAAACUUCAAGCUGAAGACUAUAACUUUGAUUUUCCUGUCUCCUGUCUUCCUGGCCCUGUGAAGGCAUCCAUUCAAGAGAAUGUCCUCCCUGACAGUCCUCUGUACCACAACAAAGUCCAGUUUCCCCCGACCGGAGGCCUUGGCCUGAACCUGGCCCUCAAUCCAUUUGAAUACUAUAUGUUCUACUUUGCUUUGAGCCUCAUCUCUCAAAAGCCAAUGCCUAUGUCCCUCCAUGUCCGUACUUCGGACUGUGCCUAUUUCACCCUGGUGGAUAGGUACCUAUCAUGGUUCCUACCCACUGAAGGCAGCGUACCUCCACCACUCUGCUCCAGUCCAGGAGGCUCCAGCCCCUCACCAGCUCCCAGAACACCAGCCAUGCCCUUUGCCUCCUAUGGCCUCCACACUAGCCUCUUGAAGCGACACAUCUCUCAUCAGACAUCUGUGAAUGCAGACCCUGCAUCCCAUGAGAUCUGGCGGUCAGAAACUCUCCUCCAGGUUUUUGUGGAAAUGUGGCUUCAUCAUUACUCCCUGGAGAUGUACCAAAAAAUGCAGUCCCCUCAUGCCAAGUUGGAGGUUCUACACUACCGACUCACUGUCUCCAGCGCCCUCCACAGCCCUGCCCAACCCAGCCUCCAGGCCCUCCACGCCUACCAAGAGUCCUUCACGCCUACUGAAGAGCACGUGCUGGUGGUGCGCCUGCUGCUGAAGCACCUGCAUGCCUUUGCCAACAGCCUGAAGCCAGAUCAGACUUCGCCAUCUGCACACUCCCAUGCCACCAGUCCCCUGGAGGAAUUCAAACGGGCCGCAGUGCCUCGGUUUGUCCAGCAGAAGCUGUACGUCUUCCUGCAGCACUGUUUUGGCCACUGGCCUCUGGAUGCAACCUUCAGAGCUGUCUUGGAGAUGUGGCUGAGCUACCUGCAACCAUGGAGGUAUGCCCCUGAGAAACAGGCUCAGGGCAGCGAUCCCCAGCCACGGUGUGUGUCAGAGAAGUGGGCACCCUUCAUCCAGGAAAACCUGCUGAUGUACACCAAGCUGUUUGUGAGCUUUCUGAACCGUGCCCUACGCACAGACCUUGUCAGCCCCAAGAAUGCACUCAUGGUCUUCCGAGUGGCUAAGGUCUUUGCGCAGCCCAACCUGGCUGAGAUGAUCCAGAAAGGUGAGCAGCUGUUCCUGGAGCCGGAGCUCAUCAUCCCCCACCGGCAACACCGGCUCUUCACAGUCACCACCAGCUUCCUGUCACCAUGGCCCCCUGUUGUGACAGAUGCCUCCUUCAAGGUGAAGAGCCAUGUCUACAGCCUAGAGGGCCAAGACUGCAAAUAUACCCCAAUGUUUGGUCCUGAAAUCCGAACCCUGGUCUUGCGCCUUGCUCAGCUCAUCACACAGGCCAAGCAGACUGCCAAGUCCAUCUCUGAUCAGUACGUGGAAAGCCCAAGUGGUCGCUCCUUCCUGUCAUGGCUAACCUUUGGCCUCACAGACACAAAUAGCUGCUACCCAGCCAAUGACCUGGAUGAAAUAGGUCAGGACAGCAUCCGUAAGACAGACGAGUACUUAGAGAAGGCCCUGGAGUACCUGCGCCAGAUAUUCCGGCUCAGCGAAGCCCAGCUGGCCCAGCUCACGCUUGCCCUGGGGAGUGCUCGGGACGAGAAUGGAAAGCAGCAGCUCCCAGAUUGCAUUGUGGGGGAAGAAGGACUCAUCCUUACACCUUUGGGCCGCUACCAGAUCAUUAAUGGUCUGCGAAGGUUCGAGAUUGAGUACCAGGGAGACUUAGAGCUGCAGCCCAUCCGGAGCUACGAAAUCACCAGUCUGGUCCGUGCACUCUUCCGACUGUCCUCUGCCAUCAACCGUAGAUUUGCAGGCCAGAUGGCAGCUCUGUGCUCCCGGAAUGACUUCCUUGGCAGCUUCUGUCGCUACCACCUCACUGAGCCUGCCUUGAGCAACAGACACCUGCUGAGCCCUGUAGGGCGGAGGCAGGUCACCAAUCCUGCACGGGGUCCCAGGCUCAGCCUCCGUUUCCUGGGCAGUUACCGGACACUGCUCCUGCUCCUGAUGGCCUUCUUUGUGGCUUCUCUGUUCUGCAUUGGGCCCCUGCCCUGCUCCUUGCUCCUGGUCCUAGGAUACGUCCUCUAUGCUGUAGCUAUGACCCUGCUCACUGAACGGGGGAAGCUGCACCAGCUCUGAACUGCUGGCCAUCCUCUCCUGAGCAGACUGUGGCAGGUUGUUUAGAAGCCAGGAAUAGAGCGGCAGGUCAUCUUCAGUGUUCUUGGGAGUAGUUUCUCUGCAGUGGUGGAGUUAUUCAAAAGAACAUAGAGUUGGAAGGGAGAGUGAUCCAGGCAGGCCUGACACAGAAGGGUCAGUAUCAGAAGGUUCAUAAGCCAUUGUGUAAGACAAUCAGAACUGGCCAUGGCUCCUCACCUUCAGUCCAAGGACACACAAGCAGCUCAAUAUCCACUCCAGGGGAGAAGCAGGGUUUUAAGAGACUGAGCUUGGGGGUGGAGCUGGGUCCGGCCAGCCUCUGUGGACACAAAGCACAGCUGCAUUGGUUUUGCCUGUAAAACUAAGGAAUUUAAGGGAGCGUCACAUUUGUAACAACACCUGUAUGAAAAAAACACGUUCACAUCAAAGCUAAGACACCAAAGGGCUCAAGUUCACCCUGCAGGUGAACACCACCAUCUCCACGGUGUUCUUAAACCAGCCCUUUUGUUGUGGGUGUGUAUAGCUGUUUUUAAAGAAAAAAAAAAUACCAACCUGUUUUUCUUCAAAGUUAUCACUGGGCUUUGUAUUUCAAUGUAAUUUUCAGAAUACAUCAUGGGACCCAUGACCAAAAGUCAGCUCAAAACAUAAUUGACCAAGGAUCCGAAUAAACCAUUCUUGCUUCGGA